GUUGCUGCGGUCGAUUUCUGGCAACUGCGCGUGAAUCUCCGAUACGAACUUCAUGCUUUCAUGCGUCAGCAAGAUAAAGACACAAAAUCGACCCAAAUUACGCGUAAACAAACUGAUACAUGUGAUGGAAGAGUGAAUUAGUGUGAAGUAGAGGUGAAUACGAGCAAAUGCGAGUCGAUACAGACGGUCCUUCUUCGAGUCGUGCAGCUUUCUAUGCAUUGUCGUCGAUUUUUCUUUAAAUCGCGUUGACAUGAACGUGAGUAUCGUACCGCGACGUGUCGUAGUUGACACCUAAUCGAAUCAUCGACUCCGCCACCGUGUCCUCCACUUCGUGCUUUCUCGUCGCUCAUUGUCCUGGGCAUUUAAUCAAUAUGUCAGACGUGAAGAGCCUUGAACAUCCGACAUUAAAGGUGCCAUAUGAACUUCUGAACAAGAAGUUUCGCUCUGCUCAGAAAACUCUUGAUAGAGAAGUAUCACAUGUUCAGGCGGUAUCUAACGAACUUGAGAAAAGCCUGAAAACCGAUGGAUCUUAUGUAGCAACUGGAGAAAUCAGUAAAUUGCUUGGUGGUGUAGUUGCCAGGCUUCAAGUCUUAAAGCGUAAAGCUCAGGAAUCUAUAGCGGAGGAGUUGCAAGCAGGCAUGGUGUGCAAGAGAAGAUUGGAUCAUUUAAAAGAUCAUGCUAAUACCUCUCCAAGUGCUGUAAAUCAAUGGAGACGACAGAGAUUAGACAGAAUGCUAGUGGAAUAUUUUCUUCGCAAGGGAUAUUACAAAACGGCAACUAAAUUAGCAGACAGCAGUGAGCUUAGGGAUUUAACUAAUAUUGAUGUAUUUAUGGUAUCGAGGGAAGUGGAGAAAUCUUUGGCCAAUCACGAAACAGCGAGAUGCAUUGGUUGGUGUCACGAUAAUCGUUCAAAAUUAAGAAAACUAGGCAGCACUAUGGAAUUCAAUUUGCGCGUGCAAGAAUUCAUCGAAUUAGUGCGAACCGACAGACGACUCGAUGCGGUAAAGCACGCUCGCAAGUACUUUGCCAACUAUGACGAUUAUCAGCUACAGGAGAUUCAGUGUUGCAUGGGGCAGUUGGCUUUUCCAGCCCAGGCAUACUUAAGUCCCUACAAAGAUUUACUUGACGAAAAGAGAUGGGACAAGCUGAUCGAGACAUUCCGGCAGGAAAACUACAGACUAUUUCAGUUAGCGAGCCAGAGCGUAUUCACCGUAGCUUUGCAAGCUGGCCUAUCGGCUCUCAAGACUCCCCAAUGUUACAGCGCAAAUAAAGAGGGCCGAAAUCCGAGCUGCCCAGUUUGCAAUGAAGCGUUAAACGAAUUAGCCGCACCGUUGCCUUUCGCUCAUUGUUCACAAUCGCGACUCGUUUGCAGCAUAAGCGGGAAACCACUAAAUGAAUAUAAUCAGCCCAUGAUGAUGCCGAACGGAUAUGUCUAUGGUGAACAAGCAUUGGAAAAAAUGGCUCAAGAAAAUAAUGGUACAGUGAUCUGCCCGAAGACCAAAGAAGUAUUUCCAUAUAAAAAGAUCGAAAAGGUUUAUGUAAUGUAAACUUCUAAAUUGACACAAAGUAUAUAUAUACACGUUGUACUAUAUGCUUAAUGCUUAUAGCCCUCUUCUUGCUCCAAUCUUUCUGUUAUUUAAUAAUUGUAUACUACUGAUAUUACUGGAACAAAAUAAUAUCUAUUUUUAAGGAAAA